CAGUUUUUGGAGCACGUCACUUUAAAAUCUCGACGAGCAAUUGGAAAAAUUAAAAAAGAAAAAUAUAGAAAAAGAAAGAAAAAAAAAGGGUGGGAGCAUUUCUUUUUUCUUUUUCCAUUUUAGUUUGUCUUGUUAUUCAGAGUGGAGGAGGAAGAGAAGAGGAGAGAAAAGGGGAUUCAUAGAGAGAAGAGAGAGAGGGUUGAGUUUGAAGAUCUUGUCAGAUCGAGCAACAACUGCUACCCAAUCUUCCACAUUAUCUGUUUUUAAUUCUUCAGGAUUUCAGUUUUCUUCUCUCCUUCGGAAUUCACUUUGAAUCCUUGCUUCUAUCACAUCAUGGGGAGGGAGCCAAGUGCUGUAGAAGUUGAACAAAAGCCGAAUGGGGUUGCUCAUGACGUAGUUCAUGUUGCGCCAAGAGUUGCGGUAAGAAACAUUGAGGCCAAGGACUAUGAAGUAAAGGAAUGUACUGAAGAAAACUUGAUCAUUGAAAAAUAUGAUGAGAAGGUAGAGGUGUUAAGUAUCAAAAGUACUAAUCUUGAUGGUGAGGAGAAAUAUGAGAAGUCUCGACUUGAGAAGUUUGGUGAGUACCAGAAGUCAAGCCCAAUUGGAUCAAAAUCUCCAGGAAAUAUGAGGGGGCAAUACACCGUUCCACAGCCGUUUACUUUGGAAACUGAAAAACGCGGUCCAUGUGCACAUAAUAUCGGAAACGAUGCAACUACCACUACUGGUGUCAACAUUUCACCAAAUCUGCAAUCUCCUAGUGCUAAGAAGAACUCUCAGCCAAAUUCACCGCUUUCGAUAAGGAAGCACGUGAAAUACCACGAUGAAGAAGAUAAUUGGUCCAUCAGUUCCUCUGUUGCAACUUCUGUGAAAUCUAAGGUAACUGUCGGUGUCGCUCCGACUUUUCGAUCUGCUAGUCGUGCCGAGAGAAGGAAGGAGUUUUACCAAAAAUUGGAAGAGAAACACCAAGCUUUGCAGGCAGAGAAAAGCCAAUAUGAAGCCAGAACAAAGGAAGAGCAAGAAGCAGCCAUCAAGCAACUGAGGAAGAGCUUAAUCAUCAAAGCAAACCCAGUGCCUACUUUCUACUAUGAGGGACCCCCACCCAAAGUUGAACUCAAGAAGCUGCCAUUGACUCGACCCAAGUCACCGAAUUUUACUAGGAGAAGGAGCUGCGGCGAUGCAGUUAACUCAAAUAUAGAGAAGGCAAAAGUAUGUACUCGAGUGAAACGGCAUAGCCUUGGAAGUAUUAGAACAGAUCCGACUAACGUUAUGACGACUCCAAAAUCUAAGGGGCAAAUUAGUGGGCGGAGUAGCGGUAGCAAGGUGAAGGACAGAGUAAAUCAUCAGGAUAAGGAGACAACAAAAACAACUGCUGCUAAGAUUCCUGAGCAGAGAAGCAAUUUGGAUAUAACAGUUCAGUCAUGAACUUGGGACUUUUCUCUGAAUUUAAAGGGAGAAAAAAAAGGGUUCUUCAUCUUGUAUUUCUCAUUGUUGCCAAAUGGAUAUUCUAAAAGGAGUUGUUCUUUUUCUUUUCAGUUUUAACUGGAUUUUGGUAAUAUGAAAUUUGUAAAUGUUUUGUAGUUAUGAUUUGUACUGACAAAUAGCUUACUAGUUGUGUUUAGAGAGUGUGUCUGGUGAUUUUUUCUUUUUCUUUUUCUUUUUUUUUUUUGGUUUGUUUUCUUUUUUCAUUUAGGUAAGGUUUAGGAAGAUUUCACAGCUGAGAGAAGAUAGUACAAGAGAAGUAGAAUAGUAUCAGUGUACGGUUUCUUUGAUGCAAAAUCUUUAUGCUUAAGAUUUGGGGUUGCUCGUGGAAGUUAGACGUUGAAUGUCGCUUCUUGAAUAUUAAGGGUUGGUUUGUUUCACAA